AUGGUGAUUAUUGUGCUGAUCAAAGAGCGAGGAAGAUUUCCAUCCGUUUUCUAUCGACUGGUCGCAAUUUUUGGAGUUCAAGUAGGUUGGUAUGACGAUAACUGGGUUUGUAAUUCGUUCUAUUAUACAUGUAUUAUAAUUGAUUGUAUUUGUAAUAAAAGGUUUAGGGAAAAAUUUGAUUAGGGCAAAGUUAAAAGGUGGCUAUAGCUUCUUUUCUGAACUCAGUUUUACAAAAUGGAUUACUAUCUUUGGAACAAUUAGCACUUGUAAACACACUUCGGUCCCCUGAGGGUAAAAAUAUGGAUAAGAGAACCACUAUGCCCUCAUUUUCUGUGUAGACCAGCUCUAUCGGACAAUUUUUCAAUCUUUUUUCAAGUCUGCUGGAACAUUUCAACCACAGUUAUGACUUUUUUGAACUGAUUAUAACUUUUAUGAAUUUUAAACAAACAUUUUUCAAAAGACCAUUAUUCAAAAUGUUUUUCAAUUUUUCAAAAACUUUUAGGAAGUGAUUUGCUACCUUUUCAACCAAUAUAUUCAACGAUGGCCGACCAGCGAGUUCGUUUACAUUCAUUAUUUUUAUCAACUACAAAUCCCCACGAAGAUACAAGUGGUUUGGUACUUUGUUUACUUUUACACUCAACUUCAAGGAGUUUUAGCUGCAACAAUACUCGCGUUUAAUCGCGUUUCCUGUAUUCUAUUCCCUAUGCACCAUGAUACUGUAAGUAAAAUACAAUUUUUUGAGUGAAGGGGAGACUUGAUCCAUAAUGAAAAUUUUGGGUCAAGUCUUUUCCUCAGAGCUGAAGUUUGUAACUCGUCCCUAAAUAUGAUUUUAAAUAUUUUCAGAUGUGGCGAAAGAACUUACCUCUAGUCUUAGCUAUAUAUUACGUGGCUCCAUUUGGCUGUUAUUGGACUUUAUUAUUCAACAAAGGAGUAGUUGAAUGCGACAAUGGAACGGGAAUGGAUAAGCAGUGCUACUUCACGUAUGACCAUUCAAAUACUUUUGGGGUAGGCUUAUAUCUUGCUGCGUAAAGAAAGCAAAAAGUUUUUUUUUAAUUUUUUGAUAAAAUUUGCAAUUUUUAAAAAUGAAAUUUUUUUCAGCUUUUCAAUUUUUCUACAAUUUCUACAUUUCAAUUUCAGAUCUCAGUUGGCAACAAUAGCAAAUACGCCUUUAUUUCGCUCUCAGUAAUUUCGGGUGUUUGUAACUUUACUACUUUGUUUUUGCUCUGCCUUCGAAAGAAAUCGCUGAGAAUUCGAAGGAAUUGGAAACAAGAAAUCAACCUCUUUAUUACCUCAUUCGUUAUUUUCUUGGCCCACUUUGCAUACGGGCUUGUUGAAGUGAGCAAUUUUUAUUUUUAACCUUUGCCUGGUGAUCUAUUCUGAGGAAAAGGGAGACUUGACACUUUGGGUCAACUUUUUCUCUAGAACUGGCUAUGCAGAAAUUGCAUUUCUGGGAAUUUUUAGAAAGAUUACUUUAUAAUUUCACAGGUAAAUCAGCAUAUUCCAAGUGAGAGAGAGAGAGAGAGAGAGAUAUGACACCAUUGGGUCGAGUCUUUCUUCCGAAAUAAAAAGCCUGUCAUAGCAAAAAUGAAGGAUCCUAAAACUUUCUUUUACUAAUUUUUUCCUCUUUCAGCAAACAGUCCCGGCCUUUUACAGGACCAGUAAAACCGCCUCAACUUUAAUUUUCGGAGUCAUUCUCCCUUUACUAUACGACGUUGUCCUCGCUUCCACAGUGCUUUCCUUAAUCAUCGCCUCGCCAAAAAUCCGUCAAGAGAUUCUCUACAUCUUCGGAGAACCCUUCGGAUUGAAUGUGACACGACAAACAAAGACUGUUACAAUGUCACCGAGCAAGUUUUAA